AUGUCCUACCCUGUUCUUGUUCAGCGAGCCCGGGAUCUGGUUCACAGGAUCUCCAAAGAGGUACAUUCCGAGUAUGGCUUAAGUUCCAUGGCUCCGUCGAUAUACGAUACUGCCUGGCUUGCCUUGGUCCCUGACAAGACGGCAGAGCAAAGCCGCUGGCUGUUUCCAGAAAGUUUCGCUUAUCUUCUUGAAACCCAAAACCCAAACGGCGGCUGGGAUCCGCUAGAACAAUCUAGCAGAGCGGUUAAAUACCCCGACUCUCUCUGGUUGCCCGACUGCAUCAUCCACUCCCUCGCAGCACUACUAGCUCUAUGCCGGCACUUUCGUCUUGCCGGAUGUCAGGGAUCAAACCUCCCAGAAGAUGCUCUUGCGAGGAUCUUCCACGCAAAGAGAUUUCUAGACGAGAAGCUUGCCGCCUGGACUCUAGAAGGGACAACUCAUUUUGGAUUUGAACUGCUGAUUCCCGUCCUACUGCAACUCUUAUCGGAUGAAGGCCUCUCGUUCGAUUUCCCCGUCAAGGAAGAGUUACUCGUCCGAUAUGAGAAAGCCUCAAUCAUUGACCUCAAUUGGUUGUAUGAUGGUCCCUGUCAAGUUCCACUCCUUUCACUCGAGGCCUUCAUUGGCAAGUUAGAUUUUAGCAAGCUUGAGCACUUGGUCAGUGAUGGCGGGAUUCUCGCCUCUCCAGCCUCCACGGCAGCAUACCUGAUCUACGCUCCAAAGUGGAGUGAAAAAUGCGAGACCUUCCUUCGCCACGUCGUAACAAACGGGCAAGGGCAAGGCAAUGGUGCAGUAGGAGGCGUUUUUCCUUUGGAACUUUUUGAACCAAGCUGGGUCCUGACUGCACUCCUCGAAAACGGAUUCACAACCGACAACCUGGGUGUGGACCAAGUAGACUCUAUCAUUCGGGUAAUUCAUGGAAGCCUCAAUGAGGGCGUCACCGGUGCCACCCGUGUCUGGCUCCCCGAUGCCGAUGAUACCUCCCGAGCCCUCUUAACACUGAACCUCCAGGGCUACCAAAUCAGCCCGAAAGGCCUCGUCGACAAAUUCGAAGUGGGCCACUGCUUUGAAACCUUCGACAACAGAAUGCCGAACCGCGUGAACAGCGUCAGUGUCAACGCCAACGUCCUAUCCUCUCUCCUCCAUAGCCCAGACCCCAGUGCCUUCACUGCACAGAUAGAGAAAGUGGCCCGGUUUAUCUGCAGUCGGUGGAAAGCAACUGGGAAGUUCGAGGAUCAUUGGAACAUAUCCGAGUACUACGGGAUCAUGCACAUGGCCCAAUCCCUUACCCUCCUAUUAGUAAAACAAGCACAAGGCGCCUUGCCCUCUAUAUCCGUCAUCUCCUACAACCUCAUCCAUGACACAGUCCCGUCCUGCCUUCGUGAGGCGCUGGAUUACAUUCUGAAGAACCAGCACGGCGAUGGUUCGUGGGGGGAGCUGCAUUGCAACGAAGAAACAGCCUAUGCAGUCGUUUCUCUAGCCCAUCUGGGGUCCCAUUUAGCUGUUGUGGGGGAGAAUGACUGGAAGACCGAUCUGGCGAUUGCUCGGGGCAAGCAAUUUUUGUUGGAGCAUUGGAAGCACGGGAGUAAUAAUCCGGACCGUGUGUGGACAGGAAAGAUUCUUCAUGGAAUUGCUUAUGUCGGGGAGGCAUAUAUUCUUGCCGCGUUGAAGGUGAAUAGAGUUAAUUUGGCGGGAUUUAGGGGAAUCCACCCUAACUAG